AGCACUCAGUCCCGAGAGCAGUGGCGCUUAAAGCCGAGGGACCUGAGGCAAUUGGAGCCGGCUGGUUUUUCCCGUCAGGCUCCGGCCCAAGUUAGAAGACCCCCGGGUCCUGGCGGCCUGUGGCAGAGAGCUGAGUCGGACGCCAGGGAUCCCGCGCACGCCGAUCUAACGGCGCGUUAGAGCGGUUGGAGCCUCACUUUGGUGGCAGCGUCGGCGAAGGACCGCCCCCGGGCCGAGCCCGCCGCCCAUGGCCACACCCCCGGGCAGCAGUCCCGCCUCCCUGCGCUUCGUGGCUGCAGCCUGCUGGCGAGUAGUUCGUGGACGCCAGGUGGACUUCUUUCCGCGAGUGCUGGAUUUCCUGCGAUCGCUGCGCUCCGCUGCCCCCGGCCUAGUUCGCUACCGGCACCACGAACGCCUGUGUUUGGGCCUAAAGGCCAAGGUGGUGGUGGAGUUGAUCCUGCAGGGCAAGCCUUGGGCCCACGUCCUGAACGCCCUAAGUCUCCACUUCCCAGAAUCCGCACCUCAAGUGAGGGACCCCAAAGUGACAGAGCAAGAUUUGAGGAGGACCUUGGAAGCACAGAGAACCUUCUGCCAGCAGGUUAAGCAGCUGGCCGAGACGCCUGGGGAUUUGACCCAACAGCUGCAGGAACUUGAUCUAGAGUAUGGGGAACCCUUUGUGGCUGCCUUGGAGAAGCUCUUUUUCGAAUACCUGUGUCGACUGGAAAAAGCAUUGCCGCUAGUACAGGCACAGCAGCUUCAGGAUGUGCUGAGUUGGAUGCAGCCUGGGGCUUCUCUGACCUCUUCGUUUACCUUGAGCCAAUAUGGAGUGGAUAUGGAGUGGCAACUUCCAGAGUGCCCUGUUAUGAACUCAGUGACCAUGACUGAGCCAGUGGAGCUGAAUUCUCCUCAGCAACCAAGAGGUGCACUCGGCAACUCUCUGCCAAAAGCCACGCCCAGCCCAGGUCUUCCUCAGAAGCCGGCCUCAAGGAAGCACCCAGAACCCUUGACUGGCCAGCAUUUCAAUCUGGCCCCAAUAGGCCAGCGAAGAGUCCAGUCUCGAUGGCAGUCCACUAGAGGAGCCCAGAAGGAACGCCCCACAGUCUUGCUGUUCCCCUUCAGGAACUUGGGCUUAUCAGCCCACGAAGUGUCUAAGCCUGAGAACAGGAGGGCACACGCAACAGAUCCAGCAGGGGCUGUGAGCUCAAAGGCAGUGGCUGUCGGGAAGCCCAAGAGUCUGUUCCAAGGCCUGGGGGAAAGUGCCGUAGUGGAGAAGCCAGCUGUUGUCGCCUGUGCCUCCGAGCCAAAGGAAAACUGCUUGGACUGUGCCACGGACCCCCUGAGACUGUCACUCUCUCCUCCUAGAACCAAGCAGCCAGCUAGCUUGCUGGGUCUGUUCAGCCCUGUCAUUACCGUGGGGGAUUUGGUUCUGGACUCUGAUGAUGAAGAGACUGGCCAGAGGGAAGGGAAGGAUCCUACUCCUGUGUCUUUCUAAGCCCCUUACCAAAAGCCUUGGCCACAUCUCCAGGACAGCUGCAGCCGCCAUCCUGCAGAGAGAGGAGCAGUAUGAGAGGACAGCAAAGAAGGCCCAUCCCUCAGCAGUGUCCCACCUCAACACUGGUAUAACCCAGGCGUCCUGGGAGCCGCCGUGCCCAGCAGAACUCAGAUGUCUGAUGGCCACACGCCCCACCCUCCAUUGGGCCUUACUGAAAUGAUGUGGCCUUUGAGGCCAUGAGCAGCAUCGGCACACUCCAUCACUGCACUGAGCUGUGGAUACCCCACUCCUGUUUUCUUUCGGGUGGUACACACAGAACCUGGAAGGGCGUGAAAAGACUGAGACAGGUGCUCCACAGGGGCUUGCCACAGAUGGCAUACCACACAGAACCAGCUUACCUGGCCCGAUGCCCACUUUGAUGAUGUCAGCCCCUGAGAGGAUCAGUUCUUCCACCAUCUCUCCUGUUACCACGUUCCCUGCCUGACACAAAGCCAUUCAAACAGCACGCUUAGGGUUCAAAAUGGAGAGGCUGUGAGUUACUGCAUGUGGUGUGCCUGGAUCAGGACCUCCCAGCAGUGUACUAUAAACAAGGAAACCUGGGUCCCUCUACUGGGCCUUCUACAGUAGCCACUUCCUCGCACCCUGCCCCCCACCUACUGCCUCCCUGAGGAGGAAGGGUGAGAGGCAGAGGUCCACAAUGCCCUUUACUGCACUGAGGCAGCAAGGUGCUGUGAGCAAAGGCAACAUGGGAGAUGAGUUUUAGGGCCCAAGCUCAGGGAUCUAAGAGUAGAUUUAGCUCCUCUGCUAGCAAGCCCAAAGGUGUCCCAACCCAUUCUACUCUAAUACAGAGUUGCUCUGGCUUCAGAGGAGGGGGAGUCGAGCAGGAAGGCAUGUAGGCUUCAACUCCUUUGCCUAGUUACAUUUGCCUUUUGAUGGAUAGAUAGUACAAGGAGAGAAACUUAAUGCUAGGAAGAAAGGGAGACCUUGUCAUCAGACUCCUGAACUUGUUUAAGGAGAAAAAUGCUUCAUGAGACCC